AUGAUAAAUAAUAUCCCAAGAUAUAAGGACUUAAAUUUAUGGAUAUGUUCCAAGAAUUUUACUAAACUCACGGAUAAUCCACUAUCAGGGUAUACUCAAUGUAGCGGCACAUUCCCGAACACAGUUACCUCUUUCUCUUUUACCCCGAACCCUGUAGUUGCCGGACAAAAUGUUACAUACACAGCCUCUGUAGUGAACACAGUAACAAUCCAACAGGGGGCAACAUUAAAUGUUACAGGAUCUAAUCAACAACAAGUAGCGUUUAACGAAGUUACAGAUUUUUGUAAAGAAUGGAUUGAAGUAAGUGGUUAUAAGUGUCCUCUUGAGCCCGGAAACUAUACAUACGUUGUUUCCGAGUACAUUAUGCCUACUCCAAAUGACCCGAAGAACACCACAAUUGAUUUUGAUCUGAGAGUUGAAAUUGCUAAUCCUGGGGAUCCUGAAAUUCUCCUCUCUUGUAUGGAAGGAAAAUAUCCUAUUUAUUUUCC